GAAUUUGUUUUUUACUCGAAAUUCUCUCGUCUAAGUUGCAGGCAAACACAAAAUAAAAGGAUCAUAGUAUAGUCAGUGAUCAGUGAAAGGCAGCGGUUUAAAAAAAAGGAAAACGAAAGAUAAAGCAGUGCAGUAGUCAGAGAUGCCAUCGCAUCCUCAGGUUUGACGGCGGAUAAGAGUAAAAUUUCACUUGGAUGAUGAGAGAGAAGGAAGGGACUUUGAAGCACAUGAAAGUAUUCUACGAUAAAAGGGGCAGAUAUGUAGUUUCGUUAACCAGAGGGCUUUUCCAAAUUUCCUAUAUUUUUAGUCCACAGGGAGUUUCUCUUCAGGUGCGGACUCUGCUCUCUCUCCCUCUCUGUGUGAAAGACUCGAGUUUGGUAGUGCAAUUCUAACCUUGGAACUCGUGGAGUAAGUUUUCUGUUUCCGAAGAAGGAUUUGGGUGGUUAUGAAGGGUAUCAUUGAUAUAGAGCUUGUUUUAUGAGAAAAAACCCCAAGAAUUUCAAUUUUGCUUCCAUGAAUACCAAAUAACAGCUACAACAGGCCACCUUCUGGCAAGUGGGUUUUUAGUUCAGUUCCAAAAACUACUGUGCCCUUAAAAGAUUCCUCAGUCAAGCUUUUUGACAGGGGCGUGGCAGACUCUGCUGGUAGAUUAUUAUUCAAUGCAAGCAUCACAGCAGCACAGAAGUUCGGGCAUGUCCAGUGGAUUGUACUAUCAACCAGUUCGAGAAGUUGAGGCCUACUGCUUGCCUCAAUUUCGAGCAAUUGACCACCAGCUACACUCCAAUGAUGGGAGCCAAGGGACCCACUUCUUCGCUCAGAAUUCCUAUGAACGGUACUGCACUUUGGAGUCCUCGGCAAAGGGAAAUUAUGCUGUUUAUACUUCCCCUUCAACUGUCAGUUUCUCACCCAAUGGAAGCCCAAUGUCUCAGCAAGAUUCUCAGUCAUGCCCUGCUGACCAGCGUCAUUCCCCUGACAAUACCUAUGGCUCUUCAAUAAGUGGAUCCUGCAUAACUGAUGAAGUAAAUGACUUCAAUCAUAAACUGAAAGAACUGGAAACUGUAAUGAUGGGUCCUGAUUGCAAUUUUCUUGACAGCUAUGGUUAUACCUUCCAGAAUGGUACAAGCAAUACCUCACCAGCAAUGGACAGCUGGAGACAAAUAUUGGAGGCGAUUUCCAAUAGGGAUUUGAAUCAUAUUCUCAUUCUCUGUGCAAAAGCAGUAUCAGAUAACGAUAUGUUAAUGGCACAAUGGUUGAUGGAUGAAUUACGUCAAAUGGUGUCGGUUACUGGUGAACCAAUCCAAAGGUUGGGAGCAUACAUGUUGGAAGGGCUUGUUGCACGGCUGGCCUCCUCAGGAAGUAACAUUUGCCAAUCGUUGAAAUGUAAAGAGCCAGCAAGUGCCGAGCUCCUCUCUUAUAUGCAUAUUCUUUAUGAGGUUUGCCCUUACUUUAAAUUUGGCUAUAUGUCUGCCAAUGGAGCAAUUGCAGAAGCCAUGAAGGAUGAAAACAGAGUUCACAUCAUUGAUUUCCAAAUUGCUCAGGGGAGUCAAUGGUUGACUUUAAUCCAGGCUUUUGCUGCUAGGCCUGGUGGACCACCCCACAUCCGCAUAACGGGUAUAGACGAUUCCACGUCAGCUUAUGCUCGUGGAGGAGGACUAAGUAUUGUGGGAAAGCGAUUAUCUAACUUUGCCAAGUCCUUUAAGGUGCCAUUUGAGUUUCAUGCUGCAGCAAUGUCUGGUUGUCAGGUUCAGCUAGGGAAUCUUGGGGUUCGAUCUGGGGAAGCUCUUGCUGUGAAUUUCGCUUUCAUGCUACACCACAUGCCCGACGAGAGUGUCAGCACUCAGAAUCACCGGGACAGGAUACUGAGGUUGGUCAAGAGCCUGUCUCCAAAGGUGGUGACGCUUGUUGAGCAAGAAUCCAACACAAAUACUGCCGCAUUCUAUCCACGGUUCCUUGAAACACUGAACUACUACACAGCUAUGUUUGAGUCGAUCAAUGUGACUCUUCCGAGGGAGAGUAAGGAGCGGAUCAAUGUGGAGCAGCACUGCUUGGCAAGGGAGGUGGUUAAUAUAAUAGCUUGUGAGGGGCCUGCUAGGGUGGAACGGCAUGAGCUUCUUGGUAAGUGGAGGUCUAGGUUCAAAAUGGCUGGAUUUACUCCAUACCCUUUAAGCUCCUUGGUGAAUGCCACAAUUAAAACGCUGUUGGAGAACUAUUGUGACAAAUAUAGGCUUGAAGAAAGAGAUGAAGCUCUUUAUCUUGGUUGGAUGAACAGAGAUUUGGUUGCAUCUUGUGCAUGGAAGUGAAAACUGGGCACCGGUAGAUGCCAUAUGUUAGGAUUGGAGCAAAAAGCGGAGGUAGAACAUGUAGUUUUGGUCCCUUUUUUAUUUUGUAAGCUGCUGACAGUUAUGAAGAAGGUGCCUUCUUGUGUGUACCCAUUAUUAUAUAUCAACCUUGGCCAUUAAAAAAAUACCUUGGCCAUUUUCAUCGAGACCAUUUCGAAUUCCUGAACUUUCUUGGUUGCUGGUUGAGAGAGAGACCAAUUUCUGGUGAGAUUGGGGAUGUACUUUGAGUAAUUUGACAUAAAUGUUAUAUUCCAAGAAAGUUAAAUGCUGGUUUUGGCGCA